GUCACCACUUAUGACAGCUCCUUCAGUUACCGUCAAGACCAGGUGGCCCGCCUGGGAGAUCGGGCGAGGCCCGAGACGACAGAGGAAGAUCGACGAAGAUUCCAGGCCAGCCCGUUCAUGCAAAGAAUGCGGGAGAUUGAUGAGAAAGCCUGGCAGCAGUUCAGUGAGAGGGACAAGAAGCGGUCCCAGACAGAUCCAAGUUUCAGCCCCAAAGACACAGAUUUCGAAGCUCCCAAGUCUUUCAAGUAUGACAAGUCGGUGAACUACUACAAGACACUCGGUGUCGAGGAGUACGCCACCAACGAUGAGAUUAAGAAAGCCUACCGGAAGCUGUCCCUCAACUACCAUCCCGACAAGCAGACCAACAAGACUCAGGAGGAGAAGGACGAAGCGGCAGCCAUCUUCAUGGAGAUCAAGAAUGCCUACAAGCUCCUGGCCGAUGACCCCACCCGGCGGCAGUAUGAUUUCGAGCGUGAUCGCGACAACGUGAGCGCCCAGAGCCAUGGGAAGAAGCCCCAGGAGAAGAAUGGCUUCGACGCUGGGGAGGCGCUGCAAAGGAUGAUGCAAAAAGCCAAGGAGAACAAGAAGCUUCCAAGCGAGAUCAUCACCGUGCCGGUGCACUGCAGGAUAGAGAAGUUCGUUUUCGGUGGCCAAAAGACCUUGAAACGCACAAGGCUCGUGAAGGACAAGAGCUACGGUGGUUUCAAUGAGGAAGUGAAGACUUUUCGGAUCGACCUCCCGGCUGGAGUGGAGCAGCCCUGGAGUGUGGACUUCCGGAGACAGGGCGACCAGCAUGAGGGACGAGAGGCGGACACGAUCCGUUUCCUGUUCUCGGCGAAGCCGCACUUGUGGUUGGAUCGAGAUGGCCAGGAUAUCAAACUGAGGGAAGCGAUCCAGCUGGGCUCGUCCAUGCGAUCCGAGGCUUACUUGUCUGCUUCCAUAGCACCCUUUUCGGGCCGCCAGGUCUUCAUCUGGGGUCGAAAUCCAUUUCAUGGAUCCACUGCGGUGGCCGAGGAAGGGCAGUUGGCUGUGCAGCUGCAGGGCCUUGGCUUGGGCCCACAAGGAGCCUUAGCGUUGCUGUUGAAGCUGGGGAUGGGAACCCGGCCCGAGAGUCAUCGCCUGCACGUGCCGCCGGGACCCCCGGCCGGGCGCCGGCCCUUCCUGGAACGCUUCGGCCUCGCUCCCUCCGGCGGCUUCAGCGAGCCGCUGCCGGAGCCAGGUGCCGGGAGCAUGCUGCGGACCCUCCUGGAGCGACGCCAGUGCAGGAGAGAAAUGCACGACAAGCUCACCGCGGACAUCGAGUUGAGGCCCAUCGGACAAACCAUUCGGCUCUUCACCAAGCCACCGAGUACUCUUACUUUUCUGGCCAGCACAGCUCCAAAGUACGAGCUUUUUGCAGUCAGCCUCGACUGUCCAGCCUGCGGUAAGAAGAAGGCUUCUGCGGAUUGGGACCGGCUGAAGGCCCGGUUGACAACAGUGCUGCAAGAGACGGCCUUUAUCCUUCUCGCACAGGCACGCAGUGUGCAGCCUCGGUGUCUGCUGGCUAAGCCGAUCUUUGAUGAUAGGAUCACGCUCUCAAGGGCUGAUCGCCCCAUGCCCUGGAAGAAUAUGGGCGAUCAGGCGUUCAAGCAGGGAAGCUACUGGAUUGCGUGUGCUGUCUACGCAAAGCGACUUGAGGAGUUGCGGAUUGCGGUUCAUCUGCAGGCGGAUGAUGCAGAGGAAGAGGCGUGUGAAGAGGAGGUGAUCGAUGUGAGCGGACAACGUGGCCCAGACUUGGUGCCAGAAGCCGCGAAGGUUCUCUGCAACAGGGCGGCUUGCCUCAUCAAGGUGCAGGACUACCUGGCGGCCGUCGCCCAUGCGAGGAAGGCUGCUGCCUUGGCUCCGCGCUGGGCUCGGGCUUGGAGUCGCUUGGGCCAGGCAGCGUGGGAGCUCGGGGACAAGUUCCGAGCCGAGGCCGCGCAGGCGUACGCCAAGUCCGUGGAGAUGGACCCGCUGCCCUCCACGGUCCAAGCUCUGCAGAGCAGUGUCUCCCAGUUGCAGGGCCCGAAUCCGGAUGCGUCACAUGCUGCCAAGGAGAAGGGGAACGAGGCCAUCCGCUCAGGUCAGAUUGGUCUGGGCAUCGCGCUCUACACGCAAGGCAUCGCUCAGCUCCCAGCGCCAACGUCAGAGGAUCGGUCGAAUUCCGACUCGAAGCCCGACGAGCACGCGCUGCUACGGGGAGUGCUCUUCACGAACCGCUCGGCGGCCUUCUCUCGUGUGCGAAGCUGGGACGCUGCAGUUAAGGAUGCGAAGGAGGCAGUGGCAGCACAGCCAGGCUUGUCCAGUGCUCACUCCCAGCUUGGAGUUGCUUUGCUCGGAAGUGGCUUCCAUCAGGAGGCCUACGUGCAAUUCGCGCGGGGGUUCCAGUUGGAUUCAGAGCACAAGCCUUCCAUCAAAGGUCGCAACACCUGCCUCAAGGAGAUGGUGGCCUGGAAGUCGGCCUCUGCCACUGCACGAUACCAGAAUCGCUUCUGGCUGGAUCUCCGUCGACCCAAGGGAUCCACGAGGAUUUUCGCAAUCUCCGACCUGCACUUUGAUCAGAAGUGCAACGAGGAUUGGGCCCAUGCGAUUGAUGACAUAGCCUUCCUGGACGAUGUCCUCAUUGUUGCUGGCAAUGUGGCUGACACGAAGGUCGGGAUGGCACGGGCGCUCACCACACUCAAGUCCAAGUUCCGGAGAGUCUUCUAUACAGUUGGUAACCACGAAAUGCAAAUCGCGACGUCGGAGUUUGCACGUUAUCCUGACUCUAUCGCGAAGCUUUCUGAAAUUUUCAGCACAUGCGACGAGUUGGGAAUUGAUGUUUUCCCGGCCCCGGUGUGCGAAGGGAUUCUAGUAGUACCGCUCCUUUCCUGGUGCAGUGCCGAAUUCGACCAUGAGGAUCCGUUUCCGGAUCCAAACUCCAACUUCAAUCGUCGCUGCUCGUGGCCCAUGGAUCCGGACUUACAGGUCUGGAAGUAUAUGAUGAAGUUGAACGAAUCCUUCCUUAGCUUCCAAGGCUACGAGACCGUGAUUACGUUCUCCCACUUCCUCCCGCGACAGGGCCUGCCUUUUGACAAGACCAGGAAAAACGCGGUGAAGGCUGUAGGGUGUGACAUGAUUGACGAGCAAGCGAGGGCACUCAAGAGCAAGCUGCAUGUCUACGGUCAUGGACGCGUGCGGUAUGCUCAGAUGCACUCGGGUGUGCGGUAUGUCAGUCCACCUAUCGGUUUCGAAGCGGAUUGGCCGAAGGACCACCCUCCGCGCCUCAUGCUGGUACAUACCGGCAAAAGCCUCUGCAUGCAAGAGUGGGGAGCAGACGAUGAGCCUCCCUUGGGAUAUGUGAAGCGGCUUCUGAAUUUGAGUUUUUACACCAUGCCCGGUUUGCGUGAGAGCGAGCUUCGGAAGCUCCAAAACACAGUGCAGCGGCACAACUCCUUCACUGGGAUUGCAUGCUCUUUUGACCGUCUUGGCAGCAAGAACCAGGACAAAGAAGCACUGGCAAAAGAUGCGUUCCCAGACUUUGCACAGUUGAGCAAGGAUGCUACGCACGUCAUGAUCACGGUUGCAGACUGUCUGGACAACCUGAAGGACCUCUGGAAGAGUGACAUUUUUGCGAAGGACUGGCCGGCAGCAAUUGCGCCCCACGCACGCAACACGGUGUCUUUCACCACACCACUCGGCUUGGACCUCGUCCAUGCAAAGAAGCGGGACCCGAUGCUAAUCGUAUACGGCUUACGGUUGAGCGAAGCGGUCAGGGAAGAUGGUGACGAUUAUGGCAAAAUGCAGAAGGCGGUCGAGGCCAUCAACAAGCUUCCCGGCAUUGAUGGCAAGAUUGCAGUGUCUCUCCACCCUACGGGCUUCGCCCGGUUCUCGCACAGUGAGCUGUUGGAAGAGUUGGGUGAGAAGAAUGACAAGAGCUGUGGGCUCACUCAUUGCUUCACGGUGCUGGUGGAUGAGCCCGCUAGUUACAAAAUGCUUGCUCAAAGUAAGACUUUCGGAAAGUGGAAGUCUUCCUACGAGCCUUCCCUGGUCGGUCGGGGUCCGAAUGUCAUGGCUUUCGCCCUGCCACUGGAUAUCGCAGCAACGGCAUCAGCUCCCAAACCUCCCAAAGGGACGAAGGGAAGCAAUGGUUUUUCCAAGUCCAAGCGAUGA